AUGCUCGUACAUAACCUCUUAUCUCUCCUACCACUUCUUUUAUUGGUUUCUGCUACACCAUUGAAAAGAGCUACAGGUACGACAUGUACUGAUUUCCCUCCUACCAAUUAUGCAGAUAUACAAAUAUCCGAUGGGACGGCAGGAGACGCCCAAGCACAAGCUAACGCUGUGUUUGUGGAUCCUUUUGGUGAUUGUGACCUUUCGACAGUAUCGAAAGAUUCUCUUACCAAUUUACAAAAUCUUCGUGAGGCCGCGGAAAGUGCAGAGACUGAUCUGUUCAACCCCGCUAUUGAAGCUGCUUCAGGAGCCGCAGCUACCGCAUUGCAAAAUGGAAAAAUCAAGAACAAGGUCCUCAAGUUGACCGGUGAAAUCCAAGGUCUCCAAAUCAAACAGGCGCAGGGAAGCGACGAAACUUCGGAUAUCGCAGCGGAGACUACCAAGUUGAACAAUAACAUCGCGCUGGAUCAAAAAGCCAACGGACAGGCAUCCACGGGUGUCGCAUAG